CUUGGUACAAUUAUUGCAAAAUAAAACGUCAAACAAAUCAAAUUAAUCAAAACCAACUAACAAAACGUACAUCUUACAAAAUGGUCGACAAAUACAACUUAAACCUAACCGGAUAUCCCUUAUUCCGCUUAGAGAACCUCUCAGAUUCCGGAAUAAACCUCGGUGACCUUACCAUCGCCAUUUGCAUCCUAAUAACCGUAUACUUCCAAAAACUCCUUGGCUUGGUCCGAGUAUCAUUCGGUGAGCACUUUAUCAUCACAGCUCUAGCCGUCCCCGUCGCCAUAAUCAACCUCUACUCCUCUGGUGACACUUGGUUAGUCUCCAGUUCAACCCCACGAGAUAUAAUCGCCAUGCUUGUACCUUUGACGAUAUUCGUCAGUGUCUUCAACGCAGACCUACAUAUUCUCCAUCAAUGCCUACCACAAGUCCUGCUACUAAACACAAUUGGUGUAUCUGUAUUCGUACUCCUCUUUGGAUUCGCCAUGAGCUGUGCAUGUCUCCGAGAAAUCCGCUGGGAUUAUAUCCUGUGUUAUGGCAUGGCUAUGGUGAGCAGUGACAGUCGCAUUCUGUUGAAAGUCUUGAGGACAAUUGACAUACAAAGCACUACAUUGGCAUUGCUCUUAUCAGAAUGCGUGACGACUUUUGCUAAUUCAUUGAUUAUAAUUGAUAUUUACAUGGGGUAUGCUGAUGGAACUGUCACCACGAUAUACCAGAUUGUGUUUAUUCAUAGCAGGAUGACAUUUCUGGGAUUAUUAGUUGGAUGUUCCUCUGGUAAAUUAUGCACAUUGGUGAUUAACCCAAAGAUACACAAUCAUAAAUACCUGAUUAUGACUUGGAUCAUCAUGGCGUACAUUAUGUACAUCAUCUGUGAAGGUUUCAUGUUCUGUUCCGGGUCCCUGGCGGUGUUAUCCUUCGCCAUUUUCAUGAGCACCGAGAAAAACCGCGUGGCUGUUUCUGCAUUUCAAAAAUGGAGUUUAUCAUCGAUAGUUGGCACUUUAUCAUCACCGCUUUUGCUUAUUUAGUAUCAGUGAGCAAUAGCUCCAUGUUCCUCAUACAAUUCUUCAACAUAAAAAUCAUUUUCCUCUCUUUAUGUGCCUACAUGUUCCGGUUGUUUGCUCGUAGCAUGGUUGUCCUCUGCAUGUACCCAUUUUUAUUCUGGCAUUCAAAAUGCAACGCUAAUACAGUUCUCCUGAUGAUAUUAUCACGCAGGGGAGUUUUGGAAUUGAACAAAGUGCAGAUAUUACUACAUCAUUCAAAAUCACACAAAAUGAUUCAGGAAUCCGCCUCGGUGACGUUGAUAUUAAUGACGUUGGAAGUGUUGAUGAAUUACACGCUGGUACAGACAUGUAUCAAGAACUUCGGGGCUAAUGUUGUGAGUGUUACACGAAUGACAAACAUUGCUAGUUGUUGUGAUAUGUUGACGAGCAAGAGGAUUAUCUACAUGCAUAUGUUCCAAAUGGAUCGGCAGUUUGGUGAUGCCAAUUGGAAAGUGAUACAAACCGCCACCGAGUUGUUGGAUUCUGAAAAAUUGAAUUAUGGGAAUCAGGAGAAGCAAUCCUAUGGGUUUAAACCUAGUUGUCUUGAAUGUCAAGCUUAUACUGGCUUGUUAAUGACACAAUAUGAAAAAAACGAGAAGUUAAAGGAAUUAAGAGUUUUAGUGCUUCGUACCCAAAGAGUAUCUUUCAUCCGUCAACGUGAACGUGGAUUAAUCUUAAAAUCAGACCUAAAAGGACUUUUCAACGCCCUGGAUGUAACAAGUGUCUCAAAAAGCAUCCAUAUUGAAAUCCCUGAAUUAUCUAUUCUAUACCAAAGAUCCCACGAACAGAACCUCAAAAAACUACUGGUGAAUAUAAGUGAAGAUAUGCAAACCGCCAUGCCUACCAAUAACCUCAAAUACGUAUGGAAAAUACUCUUACACCCCGCGUACGAGAUAAUAAUCUAUUUGUUCAUCGUCCUGGACGCUUUUCUCUUCUUCAAUCUUUUAUAUCUCGAUUGUCGCUUUGAUUUACUCUUCCUGAUACCAUACAGUGUGUUUGUGAUAGACGCCAUUUUAAGAAUCAUGUUAUUCUACAAUACGAACGUGGAUUCCAAAGCUUCCGAAGACAUUUGGAACAUAUUCGAUGCUUGCAUGAUGAUUGUCAAUACAGCCGAAGCAAUCGUAUUCACUUUUAAAAUGUUAUGUUCACGAUUCAAUAUUUUUGGUUAUGUAAUAUUCAUGGGGAUAAUGUUCAUCGGACGACUUCGAUUAGUAAAAAUAAUAAAACUUUCUCUAAGACUACAGAAGUGGAUCAUACGAUAUUGUGAUUAUCGAAUGGAGGAUCGUGUGCUAUCCGGAUACAGUCGCGCCAUCUCUAUUCUAUUCUCGUACCAUGAAGUGUUGCAUACGUUGCCUACAUUAGUCGACCAUGUUGAACUACGCCGAAUGAUUGAGAAGGAAAUUGUUAAAGAAAAGGCAAUUAUUUUAGCACAACUGAAUAACGUGCAGUAUAAACACACAAGAAGCGCAGUUAUCUCGAAAACAAAACGUAUUAUCAACACUUCAAUCGCAACAAUGAGAGAAACAAUCGUUGCAUUGAAACUUAUGGGAUUCACCGACGAAAUCGAAAAUCUUGAACUCAUCAAUCGCGUUGAGAAACUCCGCAAACCGAUUCUAAAGUUAUCCUACGCUGAGCUCAACUCACCUUCACAGAUUUUAAAAUGGCUGCCGUUUUUCGAAUCGAUGUCCGGCUUUGAAGCGCUGUAUAACGCGGCAGUUGAAUUGGAAUACGAGCCGGAAUCGUUGAUCCUCACCAAAGGCAAACUCAGCGAAGGGAUUUACAUCGUGAUUGACGGACUGGCUUCAAUGAAGCUGAGCAUGGAUGAAAAAGUCCGCGCGAGAGUGAAACAAUAUGGCGCCCUGCCGGUCAAAGAUUACCUCUGUGACGUUGAUUACUAUCACGCCAGUGAUCACUACGUGAUCAGUGGUAAUAGUAUGGGUAUUCUCUCAUUCCUCACCAAUCGUCCUUGUGAUUACGAUGUGCGCGCCAUUGUGAAAACACGCGUUUUCUUCCUGAAUGCCACCGCUUUGAACAUGGCGAUGAAUAGCAACAGUGAUCCGGUGCAUGGAUUGCGAUCUAGGUUAUGGAAAUACGUUUCGGUUAAUUUAGCGCUGAGUAUAAUGUGGCGUGUGCCGAUUUAUCGCAAUUUACGCGUUGAAGAAACUUAUUACUACAUGGAAAAGUCAUUUGUACCCAAUGUUAGUAGUAAAGAAAGUAUUUGUAUAUCCGAAGAUGUCGAGGAUUUGAUUUUGAUCGAAGGGAGAAUCAGGGAUAAGUAUAGUUUGAAGAUUUAUGUUGCACCGUGUUAUGUUCCAAGAUCUGUUAGAAAAAUGCAAUUUAUACGUAACCCAAGAUUGUUAAUCGAGCCACAAUUGUUUAUAAUUCCUUUUAAACCAGAACUGCACGUGAAAAUCUACGAAUUUUUGGAUACUUUUAGACCGACACCGAUGUUUGUUGAAGAACCACUUCAAAAUCGUCAAUCAAUAUUCUCAAGGUCAGCGUUUAAUAAACGCCUUAAUUUCUCCAACAUAAUCUCACCGAACGUAAGCUACAAAAAAUAUGCAAGAAUGCCACCAAGAUCAUCGAAAAAUGAAAGCAUACAUACUUUAUUAGAAGAUACAGACCUGAACAAAUAAUAGAAACUCCUGGAAAGCAGUUUUUAUCAUCUACAAACACUUUUUAAAUAUUUUUCAUUUAUCUAAUAACUAAUAUAGGCUUUUGUACAAA